AUGGUAAACUUGACGCAAUUCUACCAUCUCUCCGCAAGUGAGCAGACGGCAUUAUUAGAUGGGCCAGUACUUGAUCUACCAUUUGGACUCGAGCCAAACUUUCUGGAUCCCCCGAAUCACAAUGGUAUGAGUAUAGGAAUUGUUGCUGUAUCCACCAUCGUAGCGGCUUCACUCGUGGUCUCAAGCUUGUAUUCGAGGAUUGUCUACCUUAAAAGAAUUUAUAUAGACGACUGUAAGUUUGGCUCUUUUCGAACCCCUAAGGUUGGCUUAAGAGCUGAUAUACCGAAGAUAUUGUGAGGGUUGGAACCCAUGAUGGAGGCUCGGGCCAUGCCCUCGCUAAGCACUGACCAAAGUCCCCGCUCAGCAUUGGCCAUUGCUCCACUGCUAAAUUGGUUUCUCCUUUUCUACACUUUUCUACUCUAUUCUUUUGACGUCACGUAUUUGUCAAACAGUUUCUUGGAAGACUCCAGAAACUCUUCCUCUCUCUAUAUAUAGAGGAAAAGAUUGCAUGUAUGUAGUCUUCACGCACUUCUUAAUUGAAUAUUCGAAACCACACCUUUGAGCUAUUCGAGGUCUGGCCUCUCACAGAUAUAGCAAUUGCGGUGCUGGUAAGUUGAAUAACUAAUGGAUUUUUUGGGUGCUUUCGUUGACAUGUUAUAGGGGCUGUCCGUGGGGAAUGCGUAUAGGUACUUUAUCUGGAAGGUUAUCGAUAUUUCUGGGCUUUUCAUCCAUUAAUGGAAUAUAUAACUAAAAACUAUACUAGACAUAUUAUACGUAAGCUAAGUCUCUUAUUAGUACCCAAGCACUUCACAUAUAUACUUCGUACGAUAUUUCAUCAACACUAACCCAAUAAAGAACAUCACCAUAGCAGAGCAUCACCCAUCUUCAAAAUCACCACACACUCCUCCUCAUGGAAUCCUCCUCCUCUAGACCCGGCUCUUUGUUUCCAAGUCUCGAAACGCAUUUUGGUUACUAUAUCAUAUCCUCAUGGCAAUCAACAUAGUAUUCUACACCAUCUCCACCUUCCUCGCCAUCUUUCCCUGCACCCCCCUUGAGCGUUCCUGGGAUAUUCUGAUCGAGAGAAAAUCUCCUGAUAUCCCCAAACUUAUUAUAACUUCGACCUUUAUCAACUUCUUCUCCGAUCUCGCGAUUUUGGUCCUGCGCCAAAAGAUUUGUGGGACCUACAUAUUAUCCAAGCGGAUAAAGUGAGGCUUGGAGCUUGGUUUGCUGUGGGGAUGGUGUAAGUCCUCUAAACGGUACUCACCGCACGAUUUUCAUUUACUAAUAGAAAAACAAGUGCGAUAAUUUGCGCCGGCUUCCAUAUCAAUAGUACAUUCAAAUACCAAAGUACUCCCGAAUCCACAUACUAUGCUUCCGGACUCAGUCUAUGGUGCCAUGGAGAACUGGUAGCAGGAUUCCUCGUCCUUUGUAUUCCGUCGCUUCUAAAAUUAUUACAGGAUUCACCGUGGAUCCAGAAGUUCUGGUUGAAGUUGGAGAGGAUUAUGAGGUCGAAGUCAAACUCUGUAAUCUUACCUGA